GGAUUAUUUCCUUGUUUUGGUCCUCGCCCCUUAACUCGUCCCAUGAAACGCCCACAAUUCCUCCGCCAUGUCGCAACUCCGCCUCUUCACCUGUCUUCUCGUCCGCCGCAACGUUUCCUCCCGUAGAUCACUGCAUCAAAGGAGCGUCUCCAUAACAGCCCAUCGGCCACAGCCCUCAGCAGCACCCCGACGCUUGGACCCACAGCCACCGUUCUUUCGCAGUCCGCUAGCAAACGUCACCCGCACAGCUUGCAUUUCGCUCGUUACCUGUGUCUAGCACUUGGCUUGACGCCAUUCACUUAUCCUCUUCAACACUUUUACCGUGCUCAUUCCAUACACCCCAGCAGCAAAUGCUUCCUCACCUCAUUCUCUCCCUCGCCUCGCUCUUCGCCCUCCCCGCCGUCUUUGCCGCGACAACUUGUAACGGCCACUCUGAGCUCUGCUCUCGGCUCUACUCUAAUGUCACAUUCAUCGGGGCGCACGACUCGUAUGCCGUGGGCAGCAGCGUGGCAGAUGACCAAGAUAAGGAUGUCACGUCGCAACUGAAUGAUGGUAUCAGGACAUUACAGAUCCAAGCACAUAAUGCGUCUGAUGGCAUUCACUUGUGCCAUUCUUCUUGUUCAUUGCUUGAUGGCGGCUUGAUGUCCGACUACCUCUCCACCGUUGCCUCAUGGGUCAACGACAAUCCAAAUGAUGUGAUCACGAUUGUCAUUGUUAACAGCGACAACCUCCCUCCCACCUCUUUUUCGCCUGUCUUUGAGUCUGCCGGCUUGUCCAGCAAGGUUUAUACCCCUGCCAGUCAACCUACUCAACUCUCCGACUGGCCAUCUUUGUCCGAUAUGAUUGACGCUGGCACGACUGUGGUUGCGUUUAUGGAUUAUGAGGCCGACACCAGCAGCGUGCCGUACUUGCUCGAUGAAUUCGCUGCCAUGUGGGAAGAUGCGUACGGUGUUACGACUCAGGAAUUUGGAUGUGCUGUUAACCGCUCCAGCGGUGACACCAGCUCUCAACCAUUCCUCAUCAACCACUUCCUUGACAGCACUUAUUCUUUCAGCUCCAUCCAAGUGUUUGUUCCAAACAAGGACAAACUCAACGAGACCAACGCCGAGACUGGAACUGGCUCCAUUGGUUACCACGUUAAUAACUGUCGACAGCUUUGGGGCCGAAACCCCAAUCACAUCCUUCUCGACUUUUACGACUCUAACGGCAACUCGCCGUUCAACGUCGCUGCGUCUCUGAACGGAGUCUCAGCUCCGACAAACACCGUCACUGCUGGUACAGCGUCGGCUACCAGUAGCGGAACCGCUGCUGUUGUGUCUACCCAGUCGUUGAGCGGCUCUGUAACGAGUAUAGAAGGCAUCGCGAAGGGUAUCACUUUGGGUUUGGGUGUCAUGCUUGGCGUUGGCAUGGGUGUUGGUAGAGUUUUCUUGUAGAGCCACAUUUUUUUUUCUUCUGUUUCCUUGCAACAAUGUGUAUCUUGCAUGGACAUAUAUCAUGUAUGACAAGUCAAGAAUGCAUCUGUGUAUUCCAG